UCAAGGCACAAAAACAUUUUUCUUUGCGUGCUGCGGAGGCUGAGAAGCGGGGUGGUGUUUUGUUUGUUUUUUUGUCUUGCGUUUUUCCCCUAGAACCCAGAGUCUGUGAGACAGAGCCUGGGCUCCCGCCGGGAGCAGCUCCAGGCAAGUCGAGAGGCCACAGCGCCUGCCGCACCGCGCGGGCUGCGGCCCCACCUGCGAGGGGGCGGGACCGGGCGGCGUCGGGCCAAUCAGCGCCCACCUGCGCUCACCUGGCCCCCGCCCGCUGCCUCCCGCGGCCCGCGCGCUCAGAGGGACCCCGAAGGCUCCGCGAAGCACCGGCCGGCCGUCGCGGCAGCUCCUUCGUCCUUCAUCCCGCAGCCAUGGGGCUCCCCAAGGGGCUCCUCGCGUCCCUGCUGCGCCUCGCCCUGCUGCUCCAGGCGCAGGUCUGCUGGCUGCCCUGCGUGGCCUCCGGGCCCGGCGGCGCGGGCGGCGGGAAGGCUGACGUGACGCUGGAGGCGCGAGGCGCGGAGCUGCAGGCGCGAGGCGCGGAGCCGGGGCCCGGCCAGGCCCGGAGGAAAGUGAUUUGCAUGGACUGCCCUGGGCAAGAGUCAGCCCUGCUUAGCACUGAUAGUGAUUUCGCUGUGCUGAAUGAUAGAACAGUCCAGGAAAGGAAAGCAUUGAAGAUCUUUCCAUUCGACCGUGUCUUGCGAAGACAAAAGAGAGAAUGGGUGGUUCCACCGAUCUCUGUCUCUGAGAAUGGCAAGGGCCCCUUCCCCCAGAGGCUGAAUCAGCUCAAAUCUAAUAAGGACAGAGGCACCAAGAUUUUCUACAGCAUCACAGGGCCCGGUGCAGACAGCCCCCCUGAGGGUAUCUUCACCAUAGAGAAGGAAACAGGCUGGUUGCUGUUGAAUAAGCCACUGGACCGGGAGAAGAUUGCAAAGUAUGAGCUCUAUGGCCACGCCGUAUCAGAGAACGGUGCCUCAGUGGAAGACCCCAUGAACAUCUCCAUCAUUGUCACAGACCAGAACGACCACAAGCCCAAGUUCACCCAGGAUAUUUUCAGAGGGAGCGUCUUGGAAGGGGUACUGCCUGGCACUUCUGUGAUGCAGGUGACAGCCACAGAUGAGGACGAUGCCAUCAACACCUAUAAUGGGGUGGUUGCUUACUCUAUCCAUAGCCAGGAGCCAAAGGACCCACAUGACCUCAUGUUCACUGUCCAUCGGAGCACGGGCACCAUCAGUGUCAUCUCCAGUGGCCUGGACCGGGAGAGAGUCCCUGAGUACACUCUGACCAUCCAGGCGACAGACAUGGACGGGGAUGGUUCUACUACCACUGCAGUGGCCAUAGUGGAAAUUCUCGAUGCUAAUGACAAUGCUCCCGUGUUUGAUCCUCAGAAGUACGAGGCCCGUGUACCCGAGAACAUGGUGGGCCAUGAGGUGCAGAGGCUGACAGUGAGUGACCUGGAUGCCCCCAACUCACCGGCCUGGCACGCCACCUACCACAUCUUGGAAGGUGAUGACGGGAACCAUUUUAGCAUCACCACCCACCCAGAGACCAACCAGGGCAUCCUGACGACCAGAAAGGGCUUGGACUUCGAGGCCAAAAACCAGCACAUUCUGUACAUCGAAGUGACCAAUGAGGCACCUUUUGUGGUGAAACUCCCGACCUCCACGGCCACCGUGGUAGUCCAUGUGGAGGAUGUGAAUGAGGCACCUGUGUUCGUCCCACCCUCCAGAGUCGUCGAGGUCCAGGAGGGCAUCGCUAUCGGGGAGACUGUCUGCACCUACAUUGCGCAGGAUCCCGACAAGGGGGGUCAGAAGAUCAGCUACCACAUCCUGAGAGACCCAGCCGGGUGGCUAGCAAUGGACCCAGACAGUGGGCAGGUCACAGCCACAGGGGUCUUAGACCGUGAGGAUGAACGGUUCGUGAAGAACAAUGUCUACGAAGUCAUGGUCUUGGCCACAGAUGAUGGGAGCCCUCCCACCACUGGCACUGGGACCCUCCUGCUAACACUUAUGGACGUCAAUGACCAUGGCCCAGUCCCUGAGCCCCGUUGGAUCACCAUCUGCAACCAAAGUCCUGUGCCCCAAAUGCUGAACAUCACGGACAAGGACCUGUCCCCCCACACCUCCCCUUUCCAGGCCCAGCUCACACACGACUCGGACAUCUACUGGACUGCAGAGGUCAAUGAGAAAGGAUAUGCUCAGUUCCACUGUGGCCUCCCGGGUAAAUGUCAUCUGUCUGCUCCAGAAAGCACAGUUGCUUUGUCCCUGAAGAAGUUCCUGAAGCAAGACACAUAUGAUGUGCAUCUUUCCCUGGCUGACCAUGGCAACAAGGAACAGCUGACAGUAAUCAAAGCCACCGUGUGUGACUGCCACGGCCACGUGGAGACCUGCCCCCACCGCUGGAAGUGGGGCUUCCUCCUCCCGCUCCUGGGGGCUGUCCUGGCUCUGCUGCUCCUCCUGCUGGUGCUCCUCUUGUUGGUGAGGAGGAAGAGGAAGGUGAAGGAGCCCCUUCUGCUCCCGGAAGACGAUACCCGUGACAAUGUUUUCUACUACGGCGAAGAGGGAGGUGGUGAGGAGGACCAGGACUAUGACAUCACCCAACUCCACCGGGGUCUGGAGGCCCGGCCUGAGGUGGUUCUCCGCAACGAUGUGGCACCAACCUUCAUCCCCACACCCAUGUACCGUCCACGUCCAGCCAACCCAGAUGAGAUUGGGAACUUCAUCAUUGAGUGACACCUGAUCAUCAUCAAAAUCAAGCCAGACAGAAAAUGAGAGAAGUCACCCAGGAUGUCCGUGAAAUUGGAACGGUCCUAACAACACACAGACGCAGGGAUGAGGAUGAAGAGACAGCAGGGAAAGAACAAUAAUUCCAUGUAUGCCUUUGUUAAAAUGAAGUGGAACAUUUUCUUUGCAAUGAACCAAGAGAAAAGAAUGUGAAGCGAAGCCAAAGGGUUUGCUGAACUUGAAAUAAAAGUCUUCUUCCCGCAAGAGUGACUAACACUCUAAAGCAUUGCUACCCCAAUGCAGCUCCUAGCCGGGCAGCAUCAGCAUUAGCGGCCGAAUCAGAGAGUCUGCAGGUGGGACCCUGAAAUGUGCUUUCAUAGGCCUCCAGGCAAUUCUAACACACUGUCAAGUUCUGAAGGAGGAGGCAGAGGGUGUCCUGAAAUCAAAGGGGAACUAAGUUGGGUGAGAAACCCUUCCCACCUCUCCUUGGUCCACAGAGCUCCACAGCACCUUAGCCUGCAGGUCAAGGCCAUCUCCCGCCUCACCCUCCAGCUGCAGCUUCUGGCUCCAGGGGCCUCUGAUUUCCCUCCACCAGAGUCCUGCUGCUCUUCCCGAUAAGGUGAGAGGAUUAGGUGUCUCAGCCAGCAAACACCUGCUGCCUCUUAUCUUCAACUCCUCUCUGAAAAGCCUGAAUAAAGCCUGAAACCCUAUCUUCAGCCAAGACUAAUAAUAAAACCAAACAGCCCCUGUGCAGGCUGGCCUUCCUCCCCUGAGAUUUUUGGAGGGCAUUGAGGAGGAAAAGUGGCUUCUUCCAGCCAAGCCUGGGCUCUGUGGAGGGAUCUAGAUUCCCCUGGCAAUGGAACGAGGCACCAGACUCUGAGUGAUUUGGGGGGAAAAAAAAUCUGGGCUCUGUGAUGGGGAUGGAUGUUACUCUGGUCCUGCUUCUCCUCUGCAAAAUGGGAUUUUAGGACUGUGGUCUUUAGGACCUAUAAUAAGUCAGCACAUGGUCAGUUACCCAUGCUAACCACUCCAGAGUUUAGCCCCCAUAAAUAACCAGCAUGGCUGGCCAUACCAGGGGGGACUGGGUGAAUGAGUUUAUAUACCUGGAAUGUUAAUCUUUGAUAUUUUGUGGUGUGAAAAUUUGGUAUAUAUCCUUCCGAUCUAUACACAUACACGUUGCAGUAUACGUUUCAUAACAAGGCCUCGGAGGCUGCCUCACCGUCUGCGACAUACCCAGUUGGGAUGUGCUCACCACCAUCCAUGGACAUUGAGGAUUCUAAU